AUGGGAGAUUGGAUGCUACUAGACCGUAAUCUUCUUAACCUUCCAAAAAGAGAAGAACAGGCCAUCCCGUUCGCUUCUGAUGCCGGACAAACUCACGAUCUUGUUGUCGUGUACAACAGCGGGGAAGGGAAGUGGGAUGUGCAAGGAUAUAGACAAGAGGAACACGAGAACUUCUAUGCUGCUACUACUGUUCCUGAGGCAGGUCUCGGGCAAUUAGUCUUCAUUCGAGGUUUUAUCUCGCCAUCGUGGGUGUCGACCAUUGGGAGCAAAUACAACAUCGAUCCGGAAUUCUUUAGGCGACACAUGGAAUACCUUUCGGCGAGCGUUGACCGGCAUGCAUACAGUUUUCCAUCACUCGCCAGUUCGUCAAAUAACAUAUUCCGGCUUUGUGUGAGCACACUUCUUCAUCGCGAUGGUUUUGGUGGACAGGAUCUUCAGUCGCAGCGAUCCGAUCAAUCGAAUGAACUUGGGAUAUACAAGAUACAACAGCUCGGAUCUACUAAAGUCCGUUGUGGGGAUUCAUUGGUGCGCGAGUACUCUACCUUGUGCUCGUGCUUCUCUGUAAUUGAGCAAUGGAUAUCGCUUUGUGUCACAAAGACAGACCACGGUUGGGCCGUUGUUGUUUGGAUGGACCAAGGUAGACCCUUGGAGAAGUCACCUCCCGGACCAUGGACAAGUCACAUCGAAUCCAAGGCCACAGCGUUACCCAUAAUCCAGCACCAUCACAAGAUGGCAUUUCGAACCACCACAAACCGUCUAGGUCCAAAUGCUAAUUCUUCGGUGGAAUUUCAGCAGAGUACGGCCAUUCUCCCCUUGCAGUACGAUUCACUGGUCGGGCUCGUCGAUCUGUCCCGUCGCGCGGCUCAAGAUCCGCUAUCGAUGUGCAUCCCAUUAUUUGCGCAUGCUGCUUUCUCCGAAGUUCAGUUCCUAAACCUUAUGGAGUCCAGGAUCCGAAUGCAGAUCGACGCGAUAGCCGAAGGAGUCUCAGCCGACGCAUUGGGAACUUUUCAAUAUUUUUCCAAUAUUCUCGAUAGGCAUGCCCAGCAACUGACAGAAAGCACUCGCGCAUUCUGCAAAUUGAUCAAUCAAAGUAAUCAAAGGUCAAAUAGUGUCAGAGCGGAAAGCCCAAUGCCUAGAAGCGCUGUGCCCCCAAGCAUCGGUAUGCGCCGGCAGACGUCAGAAACCGAGACAGCCAGAAAUAUUGGAUCGAGUAAUUCCGAAAAUGCUUUUGCAGCGAAGAACCUCUGGGAAGACUAUGAGCAACUCCAUAUUCGCUGCAUCGAACUAUCGAAAAUGUGCACUCAGGGUAUAAAUCUAGCGAUGAACAAAGCUGCGAUUGAGGAGUCCCGAAAGGCGAUUGAGCAAUCUGAACGACUCAAAAAGCUGACUUUGUUGGCGACGUUCUUCAUUCCUCUCACCUUCAGCACCAGCUUGUUUGGUAUGAACAUUGAUCUCCUCGGACAGAACGGCGUGCGAUUUUGGUGGUUCUUUGUACUAUGUGUUCCAAUUACUUUGUCUGCCUACGUACUUUAUCUGUGGGACGUUCAGCUUAUGAAGCGGUGUUGGGUGAGAUUCUGGAAAGGUUGUCGCUGUGUGAGGCGGGAUAAGACGGCUGAGAGAAGCAGCAAGGAUCCGAGUCACAUCGUUUGA